AUGAAGGCUUUGCUACUCUGUGCUGUUUUCUUCUGCUUGGUCCCAGGAAACUCAGGGGACAUGCCACCGGGAAUCAGAAACACCGUGUGCCUCAUGCAGCGGGGCCACUGCAGACUUUUUAUGUGCCGUUCUGGUGAGAAAAAGGGGGACAUCUGCUCGGACCCCUGGAACAGGUGCUGCGUGCCCAGUUUCAUUGAGAACUAG